GAUUGAGUCGCCGGACUCAUCCUCUCAAUAAUCAAUAUCUCUUUCCAGAAAAAAAAAAUAAAAAAAUCUCAAACUAUAAGCCAUAUAUUUAGAACUAGAUAGAGGUAGGAGUUUUUUGUUCUAUUGUUUACCAAAUUUGUGUAGAAAUCAGCAAUGGCAUCUAAGAGAAUCACCAAGGAAUUGAAAGACCUGCAGAAAGAUCCUCCUGUUUCUUGCAGUGCAGGUCCUGUAGGAGAUGACAUGUUUCAUUGGCAAGCAACGAUUACGGGGCCAGCAGAUAGCCCUUAUGCGGGUGGGGUGUUUCUUGUGUCCAUUCACUUCCCUCCUGAUUAUCCAUUCAAACCACCCAAGGUAUCCUUUAAGACAAAAGUGUAUCACCCAAACAUCAACAGCAAUGGCAGCAUCUGUCUUGAUAUUUUGAAAGAACAGUGGAGCCCUGCACUUACAGUUCCAAAGGUGUUAUUGUCGAUAUGUUCAUUGCUGGCAGAUCCAAACCCAGAUGAUCCUUUGGAACCAGAAAUUGCACAUACAUACAAGACGGAUAGAGCCAAGUACGAGUCUACUGCUCAGGCUUGGACCCAGAAAUACGCCAUGGGUUAAAUAUGACUUUAGGACUCUACUCCAACAUGCUUUUUAUUUUAUUUGCCAACUGUUUUUAAAAUCUUCUUCUCAUUUAUUAUUACCAAGUAUAAUUAAAUUUAUUUCUACUUUUGGUCAA